UUAUUUAUUUAUUUAUUUAUUUAUUCACAACAACAACACUUCACUGUCAUUACAGGACAUCCCACUGCGACAGCGAAGACAACACAUCAACAUACACAACGUCAAAUACACAACUAGUAAUCACCUACAUACAAACCUACACAUAACAUAUAACAAAUAAUGAUGCCUUUGUAAAUUCACUCAGAGUACAAGAAAAAAUAUCUAUUUUAUCCGAAAUUAGAUUGAGAGUGGAAAUGGCGCGCGUCAACGCGCGUAGAUGUACCAUCAGAUUCAACGAUAGUUUUAAAUGACAAUGUUAUGGUCAGAAAGAGGAAAGGCAGAGGCAAAAACCUCUACGUACAUUUGGAAGACGAAUCCAAUUUGAAUUGUCCUGUGGAAAACUGCACCAAAUCCUUCGCAACACCCACUCUCCUGAGUGCCCACAUCCGUAAAGUUCACUUCUCGGAGAGGCAGCACACGUGUGAGGUGUGCGGAGCGAGCUUCACCGCUUCGUACCUGUUGAAACGACACUCGCUCGUGCACGGAGAGGAGAAAGCGCAGUGCCCUGUUUGUAACAAGAUGCUGAGCUUGAGGACGAAAAGCCACACGGGUGAGGUGUGCGGAGCGAGCUUCACCGCUUCGUACCUGUUGAAACGACACUCGCUCGUGCACGGAGCGGAGAGAGCUCAGUGCCCUGUUUGUAACAAGAUGCUGAGCUUGAGGACGAAGCAGCACACGUGUGAGGUGUGCGGAGCAAGCUUCACUGCUUUGUACCUGUUGAAACGACACUCGCUCGUGCACGGAGCGGAGAGAGUGCAGUGCCCUGUUUGUAAGAAGAUUCUGAGCUUGAGGACGAAACUCUCGCAACACCUGCGCAGUCACGCAAACAUCCGCCAACACGAGUGUCCCACCUGUGGGAAACGUUUCCUGAGGAGGUCCACUAUGAAGAUACACCAGAAAACGCACACAGUGACUACAGAUACCUGAGGUUGGUAAGUGAUU